ACAACAGCGUGGCAAUUGCCAAGUGUCGAACUCUCAAGCAUCCUCUUCAACCAACACAAUUGGCUCGCCACCAGAAAACUCAGAGGAGCUAAUUAGCCAUAAUCUCCCUCCAAAAUUCCCUUCCUUCUCUCCUCCUUUCCCUAAAUUUUAUUCCUUCUUUUUUCCAUUCUCAUUUUUUUUCUCCAUCCAAUACCAGAAAGAUAGGAGUAUGAGAACCAGAUCUUUCAUUGAUCCUUAAAGGAACACCAGAAAAAAAGAAGAAGCCAAUUUUCCCAUCAAGCUGACACAUCAUAGAGAGCAGUCUCCAGGAUGGGCAUCAGCUUCAAAUAUUGGGAUGAGUGUGUUGAACCACAGGACAUGGAAGAAAUGUGGUGGGUGCCUGAAGUGAGCACUGAAUGGUUCGAUGCUGGAGAGACUAAAGGACAGAAGGUUCACCUUUCAAGGGACCCUGAUGGCGAGCCUUAUUUGACACAAACUGAGAUGAAGGCUGUCACUGAAAUUAUUGUCCGCAGACAUUUUGAUUCUCAGAUCCUUCCGGAUAUGCUCUGUGCCAUUGCUGAAUUAGCAAGUGAUAGGAAGUUGCUUGCUACAAACUAUAACAAAAAAACUAAGGAGACCACCAUAGGAAUCAUGCAACUGGUACCAAAAACAGCAGAGUGGCUUGUCAGAGAUAUGGGCUACCGGAUAUAUGAUGUACAAGAGAAUCCAGAUAUUCUGUAUAGGCCUUUUGUAAGUGUAUAUUUUGGGGCCGCAUACCUUAAAUGGUUAUCAAACUUUGAGCAAAAAGAAAGAAGUGAAGAGUUUGUAGUUAGGGCAUAUAAAGGUGGCACAAAAAAGGCAAAUCAUAAGUCAACUUUGCAGCAUUGGAAACGUUACCUUUCAGUCAAGGAAAGUCUCCCAUCAAGAAGCUUUGUAGAUGAAGGUCCUUCAGUAAACAAUUCUUGUGCUUCUGCUGCUGCAGCCGUAUCUGCUUCACAAAACACAGGUGGUAGUCAUGAAUAUUGGGACUCUAGGGCUUCUACAGAAGACAUGAUAGAGAUGUGGAAUAACAAUGAUGUUGCUAGAGAGUGGAUGAAAUGUGGAGAAAAACGUGGAAAGGUACGCUUUUCACAUGACAAGGACAAGAGACCGUAUCUUUCCCGGGUAGAAGUGAAGGCGGUUGCGGAGACAAUUCUUUCAAAGCACUUUAGUACAAGGAAAGUUAAACCAUCAGUCCUUUGUGCCCUUGCUGAAAUGGUUAGCAUGCGUUUUGUGACCGGCGUUGGACCCCGAAUCGGAUUAAUGGGAAUCGACUACUCUACAGCUUUCUGGCUUUACAUAGAGUUGGGUUAUAGGGCUUACAAAAUUGAUUCCGUUGAUGAUUUGACGAUGCCAUUUGUGUCCAUGUACUUUGGCGCAGCCUAUCUGGCUUAUUUAUCAGAAUAUGAAGGGAGGGAAAGGACUCCACAGUUUGUUGUUCAGGCUUACCUUGCUGGACCAAAGAAUGUGAAUCUUCAGGAGACUGGUCCAUUUUGGCUUAAAUUUGAGCAAGCUUUGGCCAAUUACGAAGAUGUUAAAAAAGAUCCAGGAAGCUGCACCAUCUUGUAAAUUCACAAAUUAAGUCAUACCAUCCUUCACAAUACGUUGGGUAAUUGAUUAUUGGCAUUGUUGUAGAAGCCGCUCGAAAUGUCUGAAUGUUGUUAUCCUGGAAACAAAUCAGACAAAGUCUCAGCAUCUCUUUCUUUGGUUUCACAACAUAGUGAGUUAAGUUAUCUAGAAAUAUAUGUGUUGUUUGUAUUUGAUGUGCAGUUGCAAUAUUGGUCUUCUCUUUUCCUUCCAUUUUCUGUUGGGUGUAGAAAAGAAGAGGGAGACGGACAUUAUUUUUAUAAAUGACCAUCUAUUGUAGUUGAGGAUUAUAUUAGCUCAACGUCUUAUAAGAGUAGACAAUUUCGGAAAAAAAGUGGAGAAUUCGAAAUAAAUAAUAAUUUCUUAAGUUCACAUUUGUUUC